AUGAAAUAUGCAUCCAUAAAACGAGCCCAGCUAGCACUGAAAACUCAUCUGAAGAGGAAGUUUGAAUGCAUAUUUGAAGGUUCAGCAAAGCAGGGCCACCCACCCCUCCUCAAUGAGCUCUAUACAGAGCUCUACAUCACAGAGGGGGGAAGUGGGGGGGUCAAUAAUGAACAUGAGGUCAGACAGAUUGAGACAGCGGCUAAGAGACAAACCACACAGGAGACUGCAAUCCUCUGCAAUCACAUAUUUAAGCCUUUACCUGGACAAGAUAAACCCAUCAGAACUGUGCUUACAAAGGGCAUCGCUGGCAUUGGGAAAACCGUCUCUGUGCAGAAGUUCAUUCUGGACUGGGCAGAAGGAAAAGCCAAUCAGGAUGUUGAUUUCAUCUUCACUCUUCCUUUCCGAGAUCUGAAUUUGAAGAAGGAUAGAGCAUUCAGUCUGAUGCAACUUCUGCAGCACUACUUUCCACAACUGAAAGAGAUCAGAAGUAUUGAUGGUGACAAAGUCAAAGUUGUGUUUAUCUUUGAUGGUCUGGAUGAGUGUCGACUUCCUCUACAUUUCCAAAGAAAUGGGAACUGCAGUGAUAUAACAGAGUCAUCAUCAGUGGAUGUGCUGCUGACCAACCUCAUUAAGGGGAAUCUGCUUCCCUCUGCUCUCCUCUGGAUCACCUCCCGACCAGCAGCAGCCAAUCAGAUCCCUUCUGAGUGCAUCCACCGGGUGACAGAGAUAGGAGGGUUCAAUGAUCCACAGAAGGAGGAGUACUUCAGGAAGAGAAUCAGAGAUCAGAAAAUGGCCAGCAGAAUUAUCUCACACAUAAAGUCAUCCAGGAGUCUCUACAUCAUGUGUCACAUACCAGUCUUUUGCUGGAUUUCUGCUACUGUUCUGGACAUAAUGUUGGGUAAAGUAGAGAGUGGAGAUCUCCCCAAAACUCUGACUGAAAUGUACACACACUUCAUAGUCAUUCAGACUAAUGUGAAGAAUGAAAAAUAUCAUGGCACCAAUGAGACUAACCUGAAGAUGUCAAAUAUAGAAAUCAUCCUGAAACUGGGGCAGCUGGCUUUUCUACAGCUGGAAAAGGGCAAUCUGAUAUUCUAUGAAGAGGACCUGAAAGAGAGUGGCAUUGAUGUCAGUGAUGCUUCAGUGUACUCUGGGGUGUGCACAGAGAUCUUCAAAGAGGAGUGUGGGUUGUAUCAGGAGAAGGUCUACUGCUUUGUGCAUCUGAGCAUUCAGGAGUAUCUGGCUGCCUUGUUUGUGUUUCAUUCAUGUGUAAAUGAGAACAGAAAGGUACUCAGAGCAGUAGAGUCAUAUAAUCACAGAUACUUACAGAUACGUCGGAUAUGCAGCGAGCCACUGUCUGAGUUACACGGGACUGCAGUGCAUCAGGCCUUAGAGAGUAAGAAUGGACACCUGGACCUUUUCCUCAGAUUCCUUCUUGGCCUCUCUCUGGACUCCAUUCAAACUUUCUUAGGAGGACUACUGACACAGAAAGCAAGCAGAUCACCUGUACCAGACCUACAGGCACAGACAGAAAGCAGAUCACAGAGCAUUAAGGAAACAGUCCAGUACAUUAAGGAGAGGAUCAGUGGGGAUCCUUCAAUACCGAGGAUCAUGGAGGAGUCUUACACAGAGAGGAUCAUCAAUCUGUUUCACUGUCUCAAUGAACUGAAUGACAGCUCUCUAGUGGAGGAAAUCCAGAAUUCACUGAGAUCAGGAAAACUUUCUGAUAAAGAGCUGGAACCUCACCAGUGUUCAGCUCUGGCCUUUGUGUUACUGACGUCAGAGGAGGUCCUGGAUGAGUUUGACCUGAAGACCUACAACACAUCAGCAGGUCGUCAGAGACUGGUACCAGUAGUCAGGAACUGCAGGAAGGCCAUACUGAACAGCUGUCACCUCUCAGGGAAGUCCUGUGAUAUUGUGGCCUCAGCUCUCCAGUCAUCAAACUCACCCCUGAGAGAUCUGGACCUCAGCUACAAUAACCUGGGAGAUUCACAAGUGAAGCUGCUCUGUGCUGGACUGAUGAGUCCAAACUGUAAACUACAGAGACUGGGGCUGUCAGGCUGUAGAGUCACACAGAGAGGCUGUGAUUCUCUGGCUUCAGCUCUGUGUUCAAACCCCUCACACCUGCGAGAGCUGGACCUGAGAUACAAUCACCCAGGAGAC